AUGUCAUUAAUCACAUUCCCACAGUUUCCAGAAUAUAAAGUAUACAUAUCGUUGUAUACAAAUAUAAAUCCAGAGAAUAUAUCAACAAUUAAAUCCAACUUAAUUGCUGCUAAUUCCAAAUAUGACUACUGUUUCCUUAAUACAAAAUAUAUCAUCUCAAAAGAACAUUUACUACAAAGUAUUCACAAGUCUUUGUUGAAUUAUAAAAACAAUUGUAUGACUUCGAAAAAUUUAAAUUCUGAAAUUAUAUUAAAUUUAUCUCCAUUAAAUAACAUUGGUGAUGCAUUGAAAAAGUUUGGUAUAUCUGAAGAUUGCCCAAAUAGUAUAAUUGUGAAAAUUAUCAAGGAUGAUGAAUCAAAUGAUUUUGAUUUAAAUGAAAUUAUCAAUGGAAAUGUUGUUGAUAUCACAGAUGAGUAUAUUUUUGAUCAAUUAGUUGAUUUACCAAAAUUCAGAAAAUUGUAUAAACUAAAUGAUGCGAAAUUGGAUAAAGAUGGUGAUGUACAAGGUCAAUUAACUAGAUUGGCUAUUGGUGCAUGUAUAUUAAGAGGCUGUUAA